AACACUCCAUCCCGCUCUCCCCUCAUUUCAAAUAACACACGCGCACCCACACAUCGCCGAUAUCGAUUCAGGAGAAGGAGCAGAGAGAUUCGAAGAGGAAUGGCGACGAACAUAGGGAUGAUGGACUCGGCUUACUUCGUCGGCAGAUCGGAGAUCUUAACUUGGAUUAAUUCCACGCUACAUCUCAAUCUCACCAAAGUCGAAGAGGCAUGUACAGGUGCGGUCCAGUGCCAGCUGAUGGACGCCGUUCAUCCAGGAACUGUGCCGAUGCACAAGGUCAAUUUCGAUGCCAAGACCGAGUAUGAAAUGAUUCAGAACUACAAAGUCCUCCAGGACGUUUUCAACAAGCUCAAAAUCACCAAGCACAUUGAGGUUAAUAAGCUGAUCAAAGGAAGGCCUUUGGACAAUUUGGAAUUCAUGCAGUGGAUGAAGCGCUACUGUGACACUGUUAAUGGAGGAUCUAUCAACAGUUACAAUGCUCUUGAGAGGAGAAGAGAGGCCUCCAAGGGUGGAAAAGAUACUAGCAAGAAAUCUGUUCCAUCACAGCCUUCAACUAAAAGUGCAGCUCCUGCUGCUGCCAAACAUGCUCCUCACAAUGCUCGAAGAAGUGAUGCACCCCAUGUCAAUAUUGCAAGUCAAGCUGUCAAGUCCUCUAGGCCUUCUUCAAGCGGAGGGUCUUCAGUCUAUUCUGAAGCCGAACGAACUGCAUAUGAACAACAGAUAACAGAGUUGAAAUUAUCCGUGGAUAGUCUUGAGAAGGAGAGGGACUUCUACUUCGCCAAGUUGAGGGACAUUGAAAUCUUGUGCCAGUGCCCUGAGAUUGAGAACCUACCUGUGGUUGAGGCAAUAAAGAGGAUUCUAUAUGCUACAGAUGAUGAUGCUUCAGUGGUUGCAGAAGCUCAAGCUAUGAUAUCUCAGAACCAGCAGCAAAUAGAACCAUUGGAUACCAUACCUGAGGAGGAGGAAGACCUGCUGAAACUAGAAACUCAAAAGAGGAAAAGUUUCAUCAAUGUUGAUGUGGAUGCAGCUGCAAACAGUACCUUGUCCCCGAGGCAAAGGAUUUCUGAUGCUUCUGAUGUCCAUUGCAGUGGAUCACCCCUGGUGACAUAUUGAUUGUCUAUGAGAAUUUGGACUUCAAUGGUGUACACAAUCUAGCAGCUAUGCUAGUCGUUGUUGUCUGUUCAAAAACUACUUAGUGUAUCUCAAAGUUUUUGCUUCUUUUAGUUGCAAAUAGUCCUACUUAGAACAUAAAGUAGGAACAACUGUCUGGGUAUAUCUUAGGGACAUGCUGCAUGACUGGAAAUAUAUUUUUGUAAGAAGAGGUCCUUGAGCA